AUGGCAUUAUUUGACUUGAUUGUCAACUUGAAUUUUCAGCUACUUGAUUGUUCACUUGAAUAUAGACUUGACUAUAGACUUGACAACAGACUUGACUGUAGACUUGACUAUAGUCUUGACUUUAGACUUGACUAUAGACUUGACUAUAGACUUGACUAUAGACUUGACUAUAGACUUGACUAUAGACUUGACUGUCGACUUGACUUAAGACUUGACUUUAGACUUGACUGUCGACUUGAAUAUAGACUUGACUAUAGAAAUGAAUAUAGACUUGACUAUAGACUUGACUAUAGACUUGACUAUACACUUGACUUUAGACUUGACUAUCGACUUGACUAUAGACUUGACUAUAGACUUGAAUAUAGACUUGACUCUAGACUUGACUAUAGACUUGACUAUAGUCUUGACUAUAGACCUGACUUUAGACUUGACUAUAGACUUUACUUUAGACUUGACUAUCGACUUGACUAUAGACUUGACUAUCGACUUGAAUAUAGAUUUGAAUAUAGACUUGACUAUAGACUUAACUAUAGACUUGACUAUAUACUUGACUUUAGACUUGACUUUAGACUUAACUAUAGACUUGACUAUAGACUUGACUUUAGACUUGACUAUAGACUUGACUAUAAACUUGACUUUAGACUUGAAUAUAGACUUGACUUUUGA